GGGGAGGCGAAGGGGGGCGGGGGCGAAGGCGGGGCCCCGAGCAGCCGGCGGAGCGGAGCCGGAGCCAGAGCAUCCUGAGCCCCGGCCCCAGCCCCGGCCCCGGCCCGGGCCCCGGCAGCACCCGUGGGCCCCUCCCCUGGACCUGCCGCAGAUCCAGUGGCUACCUCGCCAGCCCCGGACACCAGCAUGUACCACAGGGCCGUGUGCACAGACCAGCCAUUUCCAGCACAUUUGUCAAUAUCGAGUCCCAACCUGGCUCCCUCACUUCCACCUCUGUGCAGCCUAUGAAAACCAUUCUCAGCUAUGAGAGUUGAAAGCUGACUUUUUCUUGCUCCCCUUCCUCCUCUUAAAUUAGUGGACAGCAUUGCAAACAUCCUUUUAUUGCUGCCUGCUGCCUGCUUUGUGUAGAGAGAGCACUCUCCCCAGAAUUCAUUUCUAUCCAGCAAACAUUUAAGUAACUACUUUGCAUAAAGGACUGUACAAGACAUUAUGCAAGGUACUGAGAAAACCAUACAAAGACAGAAAGGAAAUGAUCCCUACCUUCAAGGAGCUUAUGUUCUACUGGGAUGAAAAAACCUGUACACAGAGUACAUACAAGAACAGAACUGAGACACCACAACCAUGACGACGCAUGUCACCCUAGAAGAUGCCCUGUCCAAUGUGGACCUGCUGGAGGAGCUGCCCCUCCCCGACCAGCAGCCAUGCAUCGAGCCUCCACCAUCUUCCAUCAUGUACCAAGCCAAUUUUGACACAAAUUUCGAGGAUCGGAAUGCCUUUGUGACAGGCAUCGCGAGGUACAUUGAGCAGGCCACAGUGCACUCCAGCAUGAAUGAAAUGUUGGAGGAAGGACAUGAAUAUGCAGUCAUGCUUUACACAUGGAGAAGCUGUUCACGGGCCAUUCCCCAGGUAAAAUGUAAUGAGCAGCCAAAUCGAGUGGAGAUCUAUGAGAAGACUGUGGAGGUGCUGGAGCCAGAGGUCACCAAACUGAUGAAGUUCAUGUACUUUCAGCGCAAAGCCAUUGAGCGGUUCUGCAGCGAGGUGAAGAGACUGUGCCACACAGAGCGGAGGAAGGACUUUGUGUCUGAGGCCUACCUCCUGACCCUGGGCAAGUUCAUCAACAUGUUUGCCGUCCUCGAUGAGCUAAAGAACAUGAAGUGCAGUGUCAAGAAUGACCACUCUGCCUAUAAGAGAGCAGCCCAGUUCCUGAGGAAGAUGGCUGAUCCCCAAUCCAUUCAGGAGUCUCAGAACCUCUCCAUGUUCCUGGCAAACCAUAACAGGAUCACACAGUGUCUCCAUCAGCAAUUGGAGGUGAUCCCAGGCUAUGAGGAGCUGCUGGCUGACAUUGUCAACAUCUGUGUGGAUUAUUAUGAGAAUAAGAUGUACCUAACCCCCAGUGAGAAGCAUAUGCUCCUUAAGGUCAUGGGCUUUGGUCUCUACUUGAUGGAUGGAAAUGUCAGUAACAUUUACAAACUGGAUGCCAAGAAGAGAAUCAACCUCAGCAAAAUAGAUAAAUUCUUUAAGCAGCUGCAAGUGGUCCCCUUAUUCGGCGAUAUGCAGAUAGAACUGGCCAGAUACAUUAAGACCAGUGCUCACUAUGAGGAGAACAAAUCCAAGUGGACAUGCACACAGAGCAGCAUCAGCCCCCAGUACAACAUCUGUGAGCAGAUGGUCCAGAUCCGGGAUGACCACAUCCGCUUCAUCUCCGAGCUCGCUCGCUAUAGCAACAGUGAGGUGGUGACUGGCUCUGGAUUAGACAGCCAGAAAUCAGAUGAAGAGUACAGGGAACUCUUUGAUUUGGCUUUGCGGGGGCUCCAGCUGCUCUCCAAGUGGAGUGCUCAUGUCAUGGAGGUGUACUCCUGGAAGCUGGUGCAUCCCACCGACAAGUUCUGCAACAAAGACUGCCCAGGCACAGCAGAAGAGUAUGAGAGAGCCACACGCUAUAACUACACUAGCGAGGAAAAGUUUGCCUUUGUGGAGGUGAUUGCUAUGAUCAAAGGUCUACAGGUGCUCAUGGGCAGGAUGGAGAGUGUCUUUAACCAGGCCAUCAGGAACACCAUCUAUGCUGCCCUGCAAGAUUUUGCCCAGGUGACCCUGAGAGAACCCCUAAGGCAGGCCGUGAGGAAGAAGAAGAAUGUCCUCAUCAGUGUCCUACAGGCUAUUCGGAAAACAAUCUGCGACUGGGAGGGAGGUCGAGAACCACCUAAUGACCCUUGCCUGAGAGGAGAGAAGGACCCUAAAGGUGGUUUUGACAUCAAGGUUCCCCGGCGAGCUGUUGGACCCUCCAGUACUCAACUAUACAUGGUGAGGACCAUGCUGGAGUCCCUCAUUGCAGACAAAAGUGGCUCCAAGAAGACCUUGAGGAGUAGCCUGGAUGGACCAAUUGUUCUUGCCAUUGAGGAGUUCCAUAAACAGUCCUUCUUCUUUACUCAUCUGCUCAACAUCAGUGAAGCCCUGCAGCAGUGUUGUGACCUCUCCCAGCUUUGGUUCCGAGAAUUCUUCCUGGAAUUAACAAUGGGCCGUCGGAUCCAGUUCCCUAUCGAGAUGUCCAUGCCCUGGAUUUUAACAGACCAUAUCCUGGAAACCAAAGAACCUUCCAUGAUGGAGUAUGUGUUAUAUCCUUUGGAUCUCUACAAUGACAGCGCAUAUUAUGCCUUGACAAAGUUCAAAAAGCAGUUCCUGUAUGAUGAGAUUGAAGCUGAGGUCAAUCUAUGUUUCGAUCAAUUUGUGUAUAAAUUAGCAGAUCAGAUCUUUGCCUACUACAAAGCAAUGGCUGGCAGUGUACUAUUGGAUAAACGUUUUAGAGCAGAAUGCAAGAAUUAUGGAGUCAUUAUUCCAUACCCACCAUCUAACCGCUAUGAAACGCUACUGAAACAGAGACACGUUCAGCUGCUUGGUAGGUCAAUUGACCUAAACAGACUUAUCACCCAGCGCAUCUCUGCCGCAAUGUACAAAUCCUUAGACCAAGCCAUCAGCCGCUUUGAGAGUGAGGACCUGACCUCUAUAGUGGAGCUAGAAUGGCUUUUGGAGAUCAACCGCCUAACACACCGACUGCUAUGUAAGCACAUGACCCUGGACAGCUUUGAUGCCAUGUUCCGGGAAGCCAAUCACAAUGUUUCUGCCCCUUAUGGCCGCAUCACCCUCCAUGUGUUCUGGGAGCUGAACUUUGACUUCCUCCCUAACUACUGCUACAAUGGAUCCACUAACCGCUUCGUCCGAACAGCCAUUCCCUUCACCCAGGAACCCCAGAGGGACAAACCUGCCAACGUUCAGCCAUACUACCUCUAUGGGUCCAAGCCCCUCAACAUCGCCUACAGUCACAUCUACAGCUCCUAUAGGAAUUUUGUGGGGCCACCUCAUUUCAAGACAAUCUGCAGGCUCCUGGGUUAUCAGGGCAUUGCCGUGGUGAUGGAAGAGCUCCUGAAGAUUGUCAAGAGCUUGCUGCAAGGAACCAUCCUCCAGUAUGUGAAGACGCUGAUAGAGGUGAUGCCCAAGAUAUGCAGAUUGCCUCGCCAUGAAUAUGGCUCCCCAGGGAUCUUGGAGUUUUUCCAUCACCAGCUGAAGGACAUCAUUGAGUACGCAGAACUCAAGACUGACGUGUUCCAGAGCCUGAGGGAAGUGGGCAAUGCCAUUCUCUUCUGCCUCCUCAUAGAGCAAGCUCUGUCUCAGGAGGAAGUCUGUGAUUUGCUCCAUGCUGCUCCAUUCCAGAAUAUUUUGCCUCGAGUCUACAUCAAAGAAGGGGAACGCUUAGAAGUCCGGAUGAAGCGACUGGAAGCAAAGUAUGCCCCUCUUCACCUCGUUCCUCUCAUAGAGCGGCUGGGGACCCCUCAGCAAAUUGCAAUUGCCCGGGAGGGAGAUCUGCUGACCAAGGAGCGACUGUGUUGUGGACUGUCCAUGUUUGAGGUCAUCCUGACCCGGAUCCGGAGCUACCUCCAGGAUCCCAUCUGGCGAGGCCCACCCCCCACCAAUGGUGUCAUGCACGUGGAUGAGUGUGUGGAGUUCCAUCGUCUCUGGAGCGCCAUGCAGUUUGUAUACUGUAUCCCAGUGGGGACCAACGAAUUUACAGCUGAGCAGUGCUUUGGAGAUGGCUUGAACUGGGCUGGCUGCUCAGUCAUUGUCCUCCUUGGACAGCAGCGACGGUUUGACCUAUUUGACUUCUGUUAUCACCUGCUGAAAGUGCAGAGGCAGGAUGGGAAGGAUGAGAUCAUAAAGAACGUGCCCUUGAAGAAGAUGGCCGACAGAAUCCGCAAAUACCAGAUCCUAAACAAUGAGGUCUUUGCUAUCUUGAACAAGUAUAUGAAGUCAGUAGAGACGGACAGUACCACCGUAGAGCACGUGCGAUGCUUCCAGCCCCCCAUCCACCAGUCCUUGGCUACCACUUGCUAAGUGUAGAGGUUCUCUAAUCAGAGCCCAUCAGGAGGUGGAGGGGAGGGACCACCUCCAGACCGUGUCAGGGCUGGCUCAGGAAACUGGAGACCUGCAGGCUGGACAUCGAACCAAACCAGAUACCCCAAGCACACCUUGACCCAAGCCAAGAGCUGGGCCUGUGCAUGCUCUUCCAUGACAUCUCUGUGGUUGGUUUCUCCCAUAGCUUAAAAAAGAAAAAAAAAAGACACACAAAAAAGGCAGCGCGUGCUUUUUCUUCCUCGUUUUCUUCUGUGUUGAUACUAAGGAUUCAUUGUUUGACCCUUUGACAUCCCCACAGCCUCCAACUCUCCCCAUCGCACGAUUUUGGCUAUUCCAUAAGGCCUUCCAUCUUGUGCCCCUCUGUAAACAUAGCCAACCAUGACCUCGUGCUGAUAUCUGCAGGCUUCAAGGGGGAGGGUGGAAGCUUCUGGUUCCCAUGGUCCUCUGGAAAAGCAACACCCAGCAGAGCUUGGAACCAAGGGCGAGUGGUACCUGCCUGCCUGCCUGCCUGCCUGCCUGCCUUGAGGCACAGGUCUUGGUGAGGUUCCUCCUCUUCAGCAUCUCCCACAAUCCUCUCCUCACCCACCUUCCUCUGGUACCUGUCUCCUCCUGCUCCUCCGGACCACAUUGGACUCCAGGGACUUCAGCCCCAAGAACACUCAAGGACUGAACAGCUGUCCUCCAAGGGCUAUUGGGCAGUGCCCACCCACAUGCAGUACGCGAGGUUUCUUGGUGGUGGUUUCCUGCUGGAGAUGGUGCUUGCUCUUGCUUUUUUCUGACUCCCAAAAGAAAAUUAGUAAUCCCCUUCCCACCCACCCCCCCAUGCCCAGACAACUACUGCCCUCCAGGAGGGAAUUUAUAAUUUCAUUCAUGCCUACAGCACAUGGAAUUGUAUCAGGGUUAGGAAGAACAGUAGGAUACCCAUAGGACACAGCACUCCUCAAGCAUACAUGACCUUCACAUGCCUAAAUAAAAAAAAAAAAAGCUUUUAGCCUAGGGGCCUUUCUGGUCUUCUCCAUAGUUUGUUGCCAAGAUAGGAAAAUGAGCUGCAGAUGCUCACAAGCAAUCCAUUCCUGUAUCUUUCUGGAGAUCUGACCAAAGGAGGUAGUGUGGUAUAGUCAAAAGAGCAAUGAUUCCAUAGUCAGAUGUCCUGAGUUCAAAUCCCACUACUAAUGCCUAAUAUGCCUAUAUGACCUCCAGUAAAUAAUUUAAUCUCUUUGGUCAUUAGUUUCUUCAUCUGUAAAAUGAGGAGAUCAUAGUAGAUGGUCUCUAAGGUCCUUUCCAGCUCUAAAUCUAUGAUCUCAUGAAAUCUCAGUAAAUAUCAGGGAGGAAGCAUUUCACUUAUGGUCAGAUAUAGUCUGUUGAGGUCAGAUAUAGUCUGAGGAGAAGUGGAGUAGAGAGGGAAGUGGUAAAUGAGCACUCGUUAACUUCAGUUUAGGGGCAUGGAAUCUCUCUCACAAAUGCUUCCACUUACUCCCAUCUCCCUAUUUAAACAGUUCAACAAUUCCACUUUCCUAUAGGAUGAUAAAUGAUGUUCACAAAGGGUACAGAAAUACCUUUUCUAAUGGAAAUAUCAGGAGUGCAUUGAGAUAAAUGUCUCAUGGUGGGGGCUCUUUUCCUCCCUCUUCACAGGGUGCUUUGGGCAUGGGCAGCUGAUAACAUUUAAAGUGCCUCUUUGGGCAGUCUGUGCCCCACAAGAGAUGGAAUUCAAGGGGGAAACUCUGAAAGAGGGUUCAUGCCAAUCAGCUGGGCCAAUUUUGCUGCAAGCAAAAGCAGGAGGAAGAGAGACUUGAAGCUAAUUGAGUACAUCUAUGCCCCAUGUAAGGAAAGGGAAGACCAGGAGGUAGACACAGUAGCCCCCUAUGAGAGAACACCCAAGAGGCACUACUCUCCACCUGGGCUCCGGGAACCUUCUGUGCAUGCCAGGGCAGCAUCCCUAAAUAGUUGGAAGAGAGCUGUGGGCAGGAAAGGAAUAUGAGAGGCAGUGUGGUGCAAUAGAAAUAACACUGGAUUUGGAAUUGGAGGACCGAUGUUCAAAUACUGGCCCUGCCACCCACUACCUACGUGACCCUGGGCAAGUCACUUAACCUCUGUGGGCCUCCCUUUUCUCAUCUAUAAAAUGAGGGGGUUGGACUGGAUGGCUUCUGAGAUCCAUUCAGAUCUGUGAUGCUAUGAGUUAUCCAAGGGGCUGAUUAUCAACAGGUAAAGGAUUGGAAUUCUGUCAUGGGGAGACAUAUUCCUUCCUUUUCCACAUUCAGCUAGAGGUGCUUCCCAAGAUGGCAGAAGGGUCCGAUUCAUUAAGCAAUCAGAUGCUACAGCAUCCCAGAUCCUCACUACUUAUUACUAAUGAAGUUUAGAAGAGCCACAAAUUCUAGGUCUGUUAAAUCAAAGGGUACUGUUUGGUUGGUCAAAUUCUUCCUGGGAAGAAUAGCUAUUGACCUAUCAGGAUCUCUCCAACUGCUAUUGAGCUGAUGAGUUCGUCCUUAAUACUUGAUUUUCUACGUUCAAUCUAGGGUUUCCAAUUGAGGUGGAUUGCUGUUCAGGCAGUCUUAUGCCAACCCUAUGGCUGAGUGUAACCCUCUGGGAAAGCCACAUUCUCUGUGUGAGCCCUGUCAUUAGAAGGGCAGAAUCUGGCUUAGGCCACUUUGCCAUUUGACCAUCUUGGACAGUGGUUUUCAAUCAAAAUGUAGUCCUGGCAGCUCAAAGUAGAAACCUAGGUCAUCUUAUAAUCCUAGGUAUUAUCCCAGGUAUAAAUUGAAGCACUCUAUAACACUAGCAAACACCUAGCUAUUGCCAAAAGAAUCCACUCCAAAUAUCAGCCCCUUCUGCAAUUUGGACUUUAGACACUGGAAAGAGCCAAUGUUGAUCAGUGAGAGUUCAACCCACUCAAUAUGGCUGUAGAUAUCUGAGAGUAGACUAAUAAGAUUGUGAUCUAAUACCCCCAACCCCCAGGGAAAUAGAUAACCCUAUCUCAGGUUUGAGGUUGAUUUACUUUAUAAGGUAUGGAUUUACCUGGGAAGGGUUCAUCUUCACAGGCUUGUCCUAGGUGAUGUAGGAGGAUGACACCACCUCAAAAAUCCACCACUUCAAAUUCCUUCUCAAAGUUAACAUUCUUAACUCCUGCAGCAAAAAAAGAAAAGAAAAGAAAAAGAAAAAAGUCCAAUAUUAAGCCUUUGGAAAUUUGUGAAUUUGUGGUAUUUUCUUUUUUCAUUCUAUUUUCUAGUAACACUUCUUUAUGGACACUAAACAUAAAAGUCCAAUAUCUCCAUGACCUCUUUCCCUGCUCCCUCCCUCAUAUUAUUGGCCCAGCUUAAUUGAUGUGUGUCCAAGAACCAGAAAAAAACUUGGUUUUUAAGAGUUUAAAAAAAAUCUGUUUGCAGAAAUUGUCAAAUGUACCAUAUUUGUAUUGAGUCUUUGGGGUUUUUUUGUACAAUGAAUUUACAUUUAUUUAUGGUGAGUUAUAUUUACUCUAGUGACAAAAUCAUGGUGUUAAAUUCUUACAUCAUAUUUGCUAUGCAGCCGAAGAAGAUAUUUUGGUUUGUACUUUGGGCGGGGUAUUUGUGUUGAGUUGAUAGAUGUUUCCAUCUCCAUUAAAACUGCUUCUGAACUGGUAAAACCAGCA